UCUUAUUUUAAGUUAAUGGAUAAGAAUAUUUUUUCUUUUUGUACAAUUAAAAUAACAAAUUAAUUCGAUCAUUUAAGCUAGUUUAUUUUAGAACCAUCUGAUAUUUCCAAAAAUUUGUUCCGACAUACUGCUGAUAACCAAAAUCAUGCAUACCAUACAUAUGCAUUACAUAUGUGUGCAGAAAUAAUACCACCGCAUUCAGUGUUGUUUUUGUAAAAAAAAAAAAACAAUAAUUUUAUUUCCAUUUUGUAUUGAAUCAUUUAUAAAAAUUAUUUGAAUCAGAAAAUUUAUUUGUUUAUAACAAAAUGUGGGCAGACACAAUUUUAAUUGUUUUCAUUAGUGUAUGUACAGCAUUACUGGGUGAAGGAUUGACAUGGUUGAUGGUUUACAGAACUGAAAAAUAUCAGAAAUUAAAAGCAGAAGUAGAGAAACAGAGUAAAAAAUUGGAGAAAAGAAAAGAAGCUCAUGGAGAUUCAUUGGACAAACAACAAAAAAAGAAAAUAGAACGUGAAGAAGAAAGGCUUAAGAAUAAUAACAGAGAUUUGUCACUUGUCAAAAUGAAAUCUAUGUUUGCAAUUGGAUUUGCAUUUACUGCCCUUUUAAGUAUGUUUAAUAGUAUAUUUGAUGGCAGAGUAGUAGCAAAAUUGCCAUUUGUACCAAUAAGUUGGAUACAAGGUUUAUCGCAUAGAAAUUUACCAGGCGAUGAUUAUACAGAAUGUUCUUUUAUAUUUCUGUAUAUACUUUGUACUAUGAGCAUUAGACAAAAUAUACAAAAGAUGCUUGGUUUUGCUCCAUCAAGAACAGCUAGUAAACAAAGUGGUAGUAUCUUUGGGCCACCACCUCAACAAUUUAAAUAAUUUUAAAUUAUAAACAAAAUAAACAAACAAAUUUAUACAUUUCAUUGAU